AUGUUUUGGAUACUAUGUAGUACAGUCAUUACUUUAUUACUAUCGUUACUUGCGAUUAAUAGAUAUUUUUCAUUUAAAUUACACAAGAAUUUGUUUCCUUUGACUUUAACAAUGGUUUCCUUGAAUAUGUUUGUAUUAUUAGUGACAGAUAUUUUAUUACCAUGGGAUUUAAAGACUGGUAAUAACUCCUCGUCUGCUACAAAUCUUCUUUGGUUAUUAAUAUAUUGGACUCAAUUUAUAAUAUGUUGGUUGAUUAUACCUGUGCAAAUAUCUUAUCUUUCAUUGAAAUAUAUUACCUUAAAGACUGAUAUUAAACAAAGAUUAUCAAAGGCAAUUAUGGAUAAUGUUAAAUUUUAUUCUUUAUGUUUAGCAGGUAUAUUGAUUGGUUUCACUUAUUUGAUCUUUUCAACAGGUCAUUCUCCACUAGAUUUUAAACCUUUAUUAAUUUCAUUAUCACAUUUAUAUUCAUUAAGUUAUACGUUAAUAUUAUUAUCUUCAGGAUUAAUCAUGUUUCCAAGAGAUUUAUUAAAACCAUUGAUUCAUUCUUUGAAAAGAACUCAAUCCAUAAAUGAUUCGACUACAAUAGAAAGAGAUCCAAAUGUAAAUAAUGCAUUAUUCAUUGAAUUGAGUAAAACGAAUGAAGAUUUAAAUGACGCACAAUUAUCUUUAUCAGAAAGAGCAGCAACAAUUCAAAGUACUCAAGAAUUAAGUAAUGGUGAUAUUGUAUUUAAUGAAUUAUUGAUUGAAGUGAAAGAUGAAAUUAAAUAUAAAUUGUCCUUAAUUAAUGAUUCCUUAACGACAGAUCAAAAUCUUUUGCCUUUACAAACUUCUUCAAUAAAUUCUUUAGAAAAAUUGAAUAACAAUUAUAAUAAAUUUAUUACAAAUUAUUAUAAUUUUAUUUAUUAUAAGAAGAAAUCAGAUGGAAUUAUUCACAUAUUAGCACAAUCUUACAAUUCAACUAUUUUAUCCCCAAAAAAUAUUAUUAGUAUAAUUUGUGGUUUCAUUGCAAUGAUUUUAUCAUGUUUGAUUCUAAUGGUAGAGAUUUUACCUAGAACAAGAUUGAAUGAUCAUUUAUUUUGGCAAAAUAAUGAUGAUGUUUUCAUUUCAACUUUAUUAAUAUUAUCAUAUAAUACUGUUUGUUCUUUAUAUGCAAUGAGUAAAUUUAAAUUCAAUAAUUUCCAUUUAAUUGCAAAUGGCAAUAGCAAUCCAUCAAACGUUUUAUAUUAUUCAUUGUAUUCUUCAAGAUUAUUAUUUCCUCUAUGUUUCAAUUUAAUGACACUUUUACCAAAGGAAGUUGCUAAUGAAUCUAGUUUCAAUACAACAUUGUAUCAUGAUUUGAAAUUGAUCUCAUUUGUUAAUUUCUUAAACAAUUAUUUACCAAUGUGUUUCAUGAUCUUGGUUCCAAUAAGUUAUAAAUUCGAUAUCAAGAGGAAGAUUUUAUUAAAAAUAUUAGGUGAAGAAUAUUAUUAUCAAUUUUUCGGUAUGAUGAUAUAUGAACCUGUUGCUAAUGAAGAAAAUAAUUAUAACGAUGAAAAUGAUAGACAAACGUAUGAUAGAAUCAAUGAAGAUUACGAAUAUUCAUUGAGAGAUGGACGCUAUAUAUAUGAACAAAUGGCGGCCAAUGUGAAUUUUGAUAAUAAUUCUUCUUUGGCUCCUAUUAGUCUGCAUGAUAAUGUCUCAACUACGUCACAUUUAUCCACAUCAACACACAAUAAUAACAAUAUAAGUAAUACAGUUAAAUAA